UGUUUUUUAAUCGCGAGCAGUAUGGAGGAGGUGCUCAAGUGAGCGUAGCAAGUCGGGCAAGCCGCCCUGUCUGUCUGCAGCUGUGCGCUACGAAUGUCGAGAUGGUUGGCUGAGCUUGCGACAAAUCUGAAUUGGAUUAACUAUUGCUCACACGGGUCCGCGGAAGCUGACUGUGUUUAUCCCUGUCGCUCUAUAAGCGCUGCGAGUGUGCUGCCGUCGUCUGCACAACAGCGCGCGCACGGCUGCCUGGUGCUGUGACAGGCCAUUGCAAGCGUAAACAGCCUGAUAUGCAACUCACGUUUUUGCAGCGGCAUAAGUAGCAGCAAUGUCAAAAAAUGCUAAGGAUAAGGAGAAGCCCCUAGAGAGGUUCAAGUCGUUGUUCGGGCUUGGCAAAGCGUCUUUGCCAGCGGUGCCGCGGCUGGAAGAGCAUGCCAUCGACCUCGAAGUAUUAAAGGAACUGGGCAAGGACUGUCCCGUGGCUCAGCGCCUAAAGGUCAUCAAGGAUCUCACGGAGGUGGUGCGCACCCGGAGACUAGCCCAGGGAGGGGCAGAGAGCCUGUAUAGCCUGACUUGUGACCUGCUGCACCCAGCUCAUGGCACUGAGGUGCGCCAUGCAGUGCUCAACUUCUACUGUACCUUGGUUCGAGCGCAGAUGUGCUUCUUUACUUGCCCCACCUUGCGGGACCCGUUGGACAUCAUAAGGGCCCACUGCUUCAACCUCGUGCUGGAUCUGUCACUACCGGAGGACUUGCCCCUAAGGCUGGAGCUAGUGCGGGCACUGACAGACAAUGGCAAGUGCUUGAACCUUUUCGAGGAGCAGGCCGGCACAUUUCUGGUCAAGUGGAUGCCGGAGGUGCUGAGCGCUGGUAGGGCACAAGAGCUACUGCCACUGCUUGUGAAUGUGGUGCGUUUCAACUCAUCGUUCCUAGACCGGACCACCAUCAUGGGAUUUGUACAGAACACAUGCAUCCUGUGCUGCCGCACCAAUUUGGAGCUUGAUGUUCAGUUGGGUUUGGAGCUGCUGGACAGCGUGGUGGGCUAUGGUAUGGUGAGUGCAGAUCUGCUGGGCCACCUGGUGCCCACGGCGUGCCGCACAGUGGUGGUGGCACCCUUCUCGGAGCCUAGUUGGCGACUCAUGCGCAAUCUGCUGGGUACCCAUCUGGGACACCGCACGAUUGGCUACCUCUGCCGCUUGCUCGAGGAUAGGUCCAAUGUGUGUGACACGACUCUGCUCAAGGGGGCGGUGUUCUUCGUGGGUGCUGCCUUGUGGAGCCCAAAGGCAGUGGGCUCAUUGCAGCAUACUGCGGCGGGAGUGCUCCCAUCGUUGGGGCGAGCCCUAGAGAGCGGCAAUGCUCAUCCAUCUGUUGCCUACGAAGCAGCUGUGUGCCUGCAGUGGCUGCUGGGCGAGGGCGCACCCCCGCUUGGACCAGUCGCCUGGGACGCCAUACUGAACCUGCUGUCCACUCUUCUCACCUUCCCACAGGGCCAACCUAGUGGACGGCAGCUGCAGCAAAUGGCUCAUGAGCUGCUGACACGUGUGGAGCUGUCAUAUGACCAGGGCACAUUCGAGGGCAGUGCCACGCACCUCUUUGAGCUGGUUGACCAGGCUGCACAACUUCGUCCCGAAACAUCGCUGCUGCGUCUGGUGGAGUUUCGAACACGGCAGGCGGAGCUGUGCCCACUGCGUUGGGCAAGCCAGAUGGCAGAACUCCUAGAGCGAUUCUUGGAUCCCGUCAUGGCAACACCAGCUGUGCAGCUGCGCCUGCUUGAUCUUCUUGCCAGCCAUCGACAUCUCUGCCAGGCGGAUGAGUUGGUGGAGAAAGUGCUGUUGCCACAUGUGUCUCCACUCGAGACGGACCCUGCCGUGGCGGCCCGCGCUGUGCGCCUUCUAGCUGAUGUACUGCUGCGGGAUGACCUGUCCAGCCAGCACACAGCUGACCUGCUUGACCUGCUUCGAAAGGUGCUAAUGCGAGGUUGGCGGCCUGAGGAGCUGCUGGCGCUCGAGGCAGCUGUCGAGGGCCUCUGCCACCUCUUCCAGGCACAUGUGUGUGAUGGACAGCCCACAGUGGCAGUGUCGGUGCUGCAACUACUGUCUCAGCACCUGCACCAGCAAUGCCGGGACGGGAGCCCACCGGCUGAGCUGGCUCCGCUUCGGUUGCAGCUGGUUCAGACGUUGGUGGCACUGCGCACGAGCCCCCUCUAUCAGGUGGGCCUGUGCGAUACUGCCACGGGACAGGUGACCUUCAGCCGACAGCUCACCUGCACCUUCAGGGAAGGCUCUCCAUGUGCCAGCUCAGGAAGUUCAGCAAGUGUGCAGCAGCUCUGUUUCCGAGAGCCCCUGGAUGCCCUGCUGUGCUGCCUACGAGAGGAGACUGAUGGGUCUGUGCUGAGCACACUGCUUCGAGGGCUUCCAGGCCUGCUGCGGGAUCGGGCUGUGGUGUUAUGUGGGCAGCUUUCCCUGCGCCGUCUCUCCAGUUGGCUUAUCAGCCAUGUUGCUGACCGCAAGUUGCUAGACAAGGUGCGCACUGCUGGUGGGGAGGCUCUGCUCUAUCCAGUGGCCAGUGCACUGGUGUUAUACCGAGCAGAGUUGGAUGCUCAGUCACCACUUUUGCUGCUGCAUGUGCUAGAGUCUGGGCUUGGCUGCAAGCCGGCAGCAGCAUUGUGCCUGCGGGCACUUGCCCUGGCAGCCCUGGAGCUGCGACCAGCCACGGCCAAGAUACUGCCUGAGCUGCUGCAGCGGCUUGCUCAGCUGUCGCCCACUGUGGCAGUAUCACUGCCUGUGCUCGAGUUCCUCGCCUGCCUAAUCCGUGUGCCCCAGCUCUACGCCAGUUUUGUGGCUGCCGAGUAUCGAAAGGUGUUUGCCAUUGCCCUGCCAUACACCAAUCCAGCAAGAUUCAGUGAAGUAGUGGUGGCCCUGGCCCACCACUUGGUGGCGUUAUGGUUCCUCAAGUGCCGCGUUGAAUUCCGCAAGGACCUUGCACCUUUCAUUAUGAAGAACCUGCGUGCUCAGCUUGAGCUCGGAGAAGAGGAGAGGCGAGACCCUACAGUGGUGAAGCUGCAGGAGGAGUUGCUGGCCACCCUGGGGGACCUCGUGGCCCAGUGCAGCUUUGGCAGCUGCGGAGCACAGCCACGGCGCUCGGGUGCGGCAAUGUUUCUGUUAGAGCAAGGCCGUGCACAAAGCUGGCUGCUGCCCGGACACCGACUGGUCACCAUCACUACCAGCGGCUGUGCAGGCCGUCCAGCACGUCUAAGCCUCUGUGAUCGUUGUGCCCUCUUCUGUCAGGAACCAGCACUUAUGCAUGGAGCGGAGAUGAGCAUGCAGCAGCAGCAUCAACAGAACCCCCUGCAGCAACAGCAGCAGCAGCGACGACGACAUCAGUCGGAAGCUGCGGGUCGUGCAUCGGGGUUGCGUCACCCGCCAGCAACUCAAGAUGACCUCAGCCUUGAGCGUCGCGGAGCUGGUGGUCGAGCAGGGUUGGUGCUACGUCACGUGUGUGGUUGCUGGUGCUGUGGCUGGGCUGAGGUGCUGGUGCGACGGCCCACAGGCAACAGUGCCUGGCUGCUACGUCUGCAGAAUGAUCUGUUUCCCCGUGCGGCCACCAGCACUGAUUUUCCUCUGCCAGAUGUGGCAGCCAUCUUUCGUUGUCACCUAGUGGACACCAAUGAUGAGGCAGUGAGUCAUGCCGCCAGUGUUAGUGAGCGGUCUCCAUUGCGUCGCACCAACUCAAGUCCUGAGGUACCUGCACAGGACUUGCCUCGGUGUGAACGUCAUCGUUACCAACUGCUAUGGUCGUAUGACAGCAUUCCGGAAGAAAGCCAGCCACUACGUCCACCAGCAGACUGGGACAGCAGGAGCCACUCUGCUAGGAGAAGCCUCGAAGGCUGGUCCCAGGCAGCAGUGCCUCCCGCUAGCUGCUACCGGGACAGGGGCCACACUGUGUCUGGAGCGAGCCCAGCUUCGGACAGUGGAGCCACUGCGACCACCGCCUAUGUGGACCUCUACCGUUCUGGCAUGAAUCCCAGGUUUGUCUUCCUGCACCUGUUUCGGAGUCUUGGCCAAGCAGAGCGGGCCCUGCCACUUCCAGAAUCAGAUGUGGAACGAUCUGUGGGCGUGUUUGACCACAUUCUGACCUACGAGACCCACAGGAUGGGCCUCCUGUAUGUCGGACCAGGCCAGUCAGGCCAGGAGCAGUGCAUCCUGUCCAACACGCACGGGUCUGUGCGCUACACUAUGCUGCUACGGGGGCUUGGCUCGCUGGUGCGCCUGUCGGAGCUGGACCCUCGGCGUACUUACUUGGGUGGCCUGGCUUGCACGGGCGAGGACGGCAGCCAUUGCCUCUGCUGGCAGGAUGACGUCACCCAGGUGGUGUUUCACGUGGCCACACUGAUGCCUAAUGUAGAAAACGAUCGGCACCGAGGCAACAAGAAACGCCACAUUGGCAAUGACUACGUGCACAUUGUGUACAAUGAGAGCAGUGAGCCCUAUGACCUGGCCACCAUUCGGGGGGACUGCCACUGUGUGUGCGUUGUUGUGGAACCGCUCAAGCUGGGCCACAACUUGGUGUCUCUUGUGGGCAAACCUGAGGUCCUGGAAUUGCUGCGGCCACCACCUGAGCCACAGCUGGUGCCUGACAGCAGCUUGGCAGUGUACGUGCGCCAGACAGCAAUACAUGCUAAUGUCGCCUGUACCAACUUUCACCGGUCAAAAGCGGGCAGUUCCUAUGUCAACAACUGGCACGAGCGGCUACAGCACUUGGAGCGGUUACGAUUGCGACUUGUGGAACGCAGCAGUGAACCUCAACCAGAUGACCUAGCAGACCUCUAAUCCUCAAAUAAAACAGUGUACGAUUUUGCAUUUGCCUC